AUGUCCGGUAGAUUUGCUCCAUCAAAGGGCGAUUGGGUUUGUAGCGAUUCAAGAUGUGGAAAUCUUAACUUUGCCCGGCGUGAUAAAUGCAAUAAAUGUGGGCGUCCCAAGAAGCAUAAUCAAGGUGGACAUAAUUCCGGUAAAGAAAUUGGUAAAGAGUUCGCUGAAAAGAGUCGAGGUCUGUUCGGUCCAGAUGAUUGGCAGUGCAAAAGUUGCGGUAACGUGAAUUGGGCCCGACGAACUGUGUGUAAUGUUUGUAAUGCCGCAAAAGUCAACACACAGGGUCAACGAACCGGUUAUGGCGGAGGUUAUAUGGAAAGGGAUGAAGUUGUUGAUUACAAACGCCACGAUGAGUCCGAUGAUGAAUAUGACGAGAACGGCGAUGAAGCAGGCUCUGAAAAAGUGACAAACGCAGAGAGUGAGGAACUCAUGGUGAAUGAGAACAAUCAAGAGAAGAAUAUGGACUCAGAGAACCAGGAGAGAGAAGAAGAGGAGGAGGAGGAGGAGGAGGAGGAAUCUGGAGAUGAUGAGGAUCUUGCUAAGUACGACAUUUGGGGUGACGACGAAGGAGGCAAUAACGACCAGAAAUCUCCUACCGCAAAAAAUGGAAUAAAGGAAGACUUGAAAGAGGACGAUGAGGAGGGAGUUCAAGUGGAGAAGGCGCGUGCUUCGUCUCGAUCAUCCAGCGAAGGCAGUAGCAGUAGCUCUGAUUCUAGUAGCAGUUCAAGUGAUGAUGAGAGUUCUUCGUCGUCCUCUUCCACUUCCUCCACGUCGAACUCCCCUUCGACGCAUGAGGAAGAGAAGCAGGCGUGA